AGGGGUCCUCGGGCUUCGUCAGGACCCGAGGAUAACGGCGGCGAUGGCGGCUGGUGAGCAGCGGUGGUUUGCACCGGCUUUCGGGCUGCGAUUGUUGCUGGUGUCGCUGCUGCAAGCGAUAUCUGCACAGGGAUUGGAAUUAUCAUCAGAAGCAUGCAGAGACUUGGGUUUCUCCAGCAAUUUGCUCUGUAGCUCUUGUGAUCUUCUUGGGCAGUUUAGUUUAACUCAGCUGGAUCCUGAUUGCAGAGGAUGCUGCCAGGAAGAAGCACAGUUUGAAACCAGAAAGCUAUAUGCAGGAGCUAUUCUUGAAGUAUGUGGAUGAAAACUGGGGCGGUUCCCUCAAGUCCAGGCUUUUGUCAAGAGUGACAAACCUAAACUGUUCAGGGGACUACAAAUCAAGUAUGUUCUUGGUUCAGACCCUGUGCUAAAGCUGCUGGAUGACAGUGGGAACAUUGCUGAAGAACUAAGCAUCCUCAAGUGGAACACGGAUAGUGUAGAAGAAUUCCUCAGUGAAAAAUUAGAACGGAUCUAAAAUGUGCUUUCACUUUUGUCAUUUAUUUUCUUAAGUGAAUUUUGCAGUACUGAUCAUUGUAACCUUUGGUCACCUUUGAGCAAUUAAUUCCUUACUCUAUGGCAUUAAGUACUUUCUGCUUUGAAUUGAAAGUGUCCACAUCACACACAAUUUAAAACAAGUUGGCCAACUGUACCAAGAGUCCCUUUUAACGUAUUCUCACUCUGGUUAUUACCAUGAUGAGAUGUUUUGUAACAAACUUGUAAUAAAUUACACAGAUGCUAGGUUUGUUUUAAUUGGCAUACUAUAGGCUUUAAAAUUAGGGAGGUGAAUAAGGAAAGGAUGACCAGGUUUUGUCUGUAUGCUGUGCGCCUUCUUUGUAAGCAGUGGCUAGAAGUCACGUGCAAAUAUGAGUUACUGUGCCUCAAACAUUGCCUGCCAAUGGCCUUUUCGUUUUUUGUGACACCCCGGCUUUCCUUUUAGUAGAAAAUUGUAGUUCAGAAAACGUUUUAUCAUUGUGCACAGAUGCAGCAUUUGUAGCAUUCUGUGAAACACUCAGAGAAGUGCACGCUAGUGACGAUCACACAGAAAACCCCGCAAGGGCUUGUGUAGAUCCGAUGUUUGGUGUAUUUUUUUUUUGGUGUUUGACUUUGCUACAAUGAAAGAGUAAAAAAAAAAAUGUCAUUUAUUAAAUUGAAGUAGAAUUAAAAAGUUUUCCAUCCA